UUUACAGUCGUUUGAUGCCUUUCGUUGCCGCGCGUCGCGUUAUCGUCGUGGCUUUUCCGCCGUGGAAGAUGAUCACCGCGGGGUGGACCGCAUUGGUCCUGCGGGCCGGAUGGUGAUAGUGCAGUGCGCUUGUGUUGUUGUUUCUUUCGGAACUCUGGAGGAUAUCAUGGAUGUGUUCGCAGAGUAUCAUGUUAUCAAAAACAAUGUUUUAGUGUUGUUGUCUAGUGAUUGUUGGAUUUGACCCUUUGCUGGGAUAUUUUCUUCGAGCCUUUUCGCUGAUUAUCGUAACUUGUUUACACCGAUCAGUGUGGGUGGACGGUACUUUCACCCGGUGACUCCGAGGCGGAUUAGCAUUCAGCUCGGCGACUCGGAUCCCGCCGCGAUAUCGGCAGCCGCAGCCUCCGGUGUCAACACAAAAACUUCAUUUUCAAUUCAUCUUCCGCAUUGCCAGAUGUUGGGGAUACUCUGAACUUCGCCUCGGCUCACAAAAGAUGGCUCACCAGUCGUCCGAGCGUAAUAUCCCAUCCGUGCGGGACAUCUUCGGCCUGGACCGGGACAAGCGCUCCAACAGGAAGGAAGAGCGGGCCCUGGACGACGCGCAGCUCGCGCGCUUCCAACAACUGAGCCUCAACCGCUGCUUCCAGACCCCGGACCGCUCUCCCCUCUCGCCCACCCACGACCCCCUCGGGAAUGGCGGGAACGACUCGGCCAUCUCCGUCGGGUCCACCAGCGAAGAAGACCUCUCCGGCGUCGCCUCCUCCUCGCCGAAGAAGAAGAAGCAACAACGCUCCCGCCGCGAGAAGGUCAUCCCGGAACCGGACGUCAAGCACCUGGAGAGGCACCUCUCCAUGAAGAAGACCAUCCGGAAGAAGAUCAUGCGCGACCUCCAGCAGGCCUUCGUCGAGGACCCCAACGAGUUCCGCGUCGAGGACAUCUCCCCGGAGCAGCUCAAGGCCGAGAUCAACGUCACCUCCCUGAGCUUCGGGACCUCCAGGAAGAAGAAGGACAAGCGGAACCCGACCGAGUCCAACUUCUUGGACUUCCUCCGUGCCGGAAGCGGCGAGAACCGGAACCAGGGCAAGUUCGACGAUGAGGACUCCGGACACGGCUCGCCGACGAGGGAUCUGUCUACCGAGAGGUUCACCAACUACGAGUACUUGCGACAGCAGCAGAUGCUCCAGCAACAGCAGCGACAGCAGCAGCAGUUGCUGAGACAGCAAGAGCAGCAGCGCCUCCAGCGGCAACAGGAAGAGGAGCUCGCUGCAGCGGCUGCCGCCGAGGCAGCCUCGAAGAAAACCAGUUUCUGGAAGAGACUCACAACCAAAGGCUCCAAGAGCAAGAGAUGAGACCGCGCCUUGGUGUAGUUUUUUUUUGUACCUUUCGUAUUUUCAUUUAACGUUUCUCGACUUGAUUACGGGCCUUCGGGUCCGUCGGUUUCUCAGACGGGUCCGCUUUCAAACAUUUCCAUUGUUCCUGGGAUUCGGAAGCGAAAGGCUUCCUUGGAUCUAGUGAUCAUGCUAGUUCUCUUGUUAUGUUGAUCACCUGACCAUGGUUGUUGCGUGGCGACUGCUUCAGCGGGUUCAUCAUUCGAAUUGAUAGACAAAGCUAUAGACAAAGAAGACAAAAGGUAAUUGGAGCAAUCCUAACGGUGGAAGCGGAUGGUUACAAUGGACAAAGGAGGUAAAUAAUAGACUAACUAACGGCAACCCACGAAAUUUAAUGUAGGUGGUGCAUCAUUUUCCUCCCUAGUCUAUAACAACCAACCUUUUUCAGCCAAUAAGAUCGCUCUAUUUUCCGUUCGUCUUCUUUGUCUAUCGAUUUCAACAAUCAGCUUGCAGUUGAUAAACAACACUCUCGCUCCAGACCUCUUGUGGUCGUAGACGUUGAGUUAUGAGGCGAAUAAUUUACCGACAGAAUUAUCUUCUAAUUUUGGAUUCCGGAUGAGAUUGAGAGCAAGAGAUAAAGUUGGGCUGUUUUAUUUAAAACCGAACGAAAAAUUUAUAUUAGUCCAUUUUCUUCGGAAAACACACGAAAAGAAGCUCAUCUCGUUUUUUUGUUGUUGUUUGUCUUUGGAAGAGAAAUGAAUUUCGCGGAUGAGUUUUGAAGUGGCUUCUCGAGUUUUGUUGUUAAAAAAAUUUCUUUAGUCGUGUAAAUACCUCAUGAAAUGGUCGAUAGUAAAGACGAAGGUGAAAAUUUGAUCAUUUUCCGAGCGGCGAAAUGAAAAAAGUACUUUAACACCUUUUCAGUAAAUGUUUUCAUCUUACCAGAAAAUUGUAUUUUAUCUGAGGGGACUAUUUUAAAUUCGGGCUGAGAUGGCAUGCAGGCUCCGCAACGUUUUCGCUGUGAAGUCUGAUCCUGCUCACUCCUUUCACAGGUCUCCUUUGCAGUGGCGUGGCGUGAACUGCGAUGCAUCGAUUGUUAUGCCAUUUAAACCUAUAGAAAAGGAUCGAUAAACAGGGUGUUCGCAGCGAACGCCUUUAUAAUCGAUUCUUUACCAAAGGUUAAAUGGCAUAACAAUCGAUACAUUGCAAUUCACGCCACGCCACCGUCCUUUAGGUGUCAUGAGAGACACUGAUGAAAAUAGUCAUUCCAAAGUCGAACGGUCGAUUUUUUGUCAAGUAGGUAAGAAGUCCUCGCCGUUAUAUACAACAUAAAUAAUUUUAUCGACGAAAAGUUUGAUCAAAAGUAUUUCUUUCUAGUCCAUUGUCUAUUUUCAUCCGCAUGGAAAACUCAAUGAAGUGACUUGUACAGAAUGCUGAAUUAAUAAACUUAAACAGUAACUGCGAACAUUUAAUGGAAUUUUUUAAGUUAGUAUUACCGGUGUUUGUUAUUUAGAAAAGUUUUCCUCUAUCUUCUUGUAAUUUACUCGUUUUUUAGCUGAGAAAAUUUUAUCGAAUCCGCCUUUUCCCAACAUGACUUCGUUUCUUGAUAUCUUGUCCAGAUACCUUGCCUGAGAAAAAUCAAGUAAACAUCACAAAAAUCUUGAAACUACGGUUUUACUAUCUGGCUGAAAUUAUUGAAUUCUAGUACUGACAGGCACAUAUUUGUGAAUAAUACUUUUAAUCCCCCCCCAACCGCUAUAGUAACAGCUGCAGAUUGCAAUGCUUUCAUAAUUCAAAAUUACCACUUUACCUAUCUUUUUUUCAAACCACAGGUUUAAAAUUGGGCUAAUUCGCUUGUCUAUGCCUACCUUUAUCGAACAUCAGUAAUUUUGAACUAUGUAAAUUUUCCUGUUCACGAAACCUUUCUUUUGAGGUAAUUGAUUGAAAGUUCUGUCAUCUGUCAAUGCGCAAUUUUAGGAAUAGUCUUAUGGAGUAAAGAGAAUCCAGAUUGCAUAAUUUCCGUGACGAAUCUCAGGCGCCCGAGGGGCUGAAACGAAGAGUUGGAAACCAGUUUUUGAUCAGUGCUUUCAACGUCUUUCAAAAAUAUAGCAUCAAUCCUUUUUUGAGCAAACAGCUUUUUUCUUGCCAACGGAGCCCCUGAUCAUAAAUUAUGUACAUUUUUUUGUUCUGGUUCCUUUUUGUGGCAAGAAUAACCGGCCGGAAAGGAAAUUUUACAAGUCUGAUAGUUCCCAGCUUCUCUGAUUAAAAAUAAACAUAAAAUACAAACAGUACCUAAACUAAAACAUGAAUAAAAAUAAUAUUAUUAAAAAUGCUUGAGAUUUUAUGGGAAUGCAUUAAUACCUACAUUGGUAAGCAAAGUCAUCAGAACUAGGUACAUAUAUCGUAUUCCCUUGGUUCCUCUUUUAUAAUUUUACGUUUUUACUAUUGUUAAGAGUGUACCUUCUGUUCGAUUUUAAGUGUCCGUUUCAGAUAGUAAGUGUAAGGCCCUUUUAUAAAACGAACUGUAAAGCGGAUUAUUGUAGAUGGUUCAUUUAUUCAGGCGUGUACAGUAGCUAACUGUAUACCUAAUGUAAGCAAAGAAUGGCAAUAACUGGUACUUCGUUUCUCACAUAACUCCUCAGCAUGAGGUCGUAGUCCAAUGCUCGUGUGCUGAAGUGGCGGGGCGUAAAUGAUCGAUUAUCGACAUUUCCCCAUUUGAAGCUAUGAUAAAAAAUCGAUUCUUAAGUGUUCGUUGCGAACACCCUGUUUAUCGAUCCUUUUCCAUAGGUUUAAAUGACAGAUCAUUCUAUAUAUCGCAAAGCACGUCACGCCACUGGUGUGCUGCUGAUAAUAAGUUGAAAGCAACAUGUUUGGCGCGCCGUCAUAAUUUGGUCGUAUUUCUACCAAACGGAACUAUGUUCAUUAUUACGUGAGCCCUGUUAUGCUUAUGUUCAUAUGGGUCUCAGGGCUCAUGUCUAAAUGCACAUACUUCCGUUUGGCAGAAAUACGUUCAGUUUGGUAGGAGGUCUGGAAGGUAGCGUGACCGUGACCCGACUAAUCAUCUAUCAAAACGAUGCAGGUAUCUACUUUAAGUGCUAAUAAAUCUCAAGGAAGGAAGCUGUCAGAAGUCAUUCGUAGCUUCCGAAGUUAUGAGGGUACACACUUUGACCCAAAGAAUCGCUACCGUGCCAGUCUGGGCAAAUGGACCGAAAAUGUAUCGCUAGUUUAAUACCUAUCAGUAUCAGAGUGCAUCUUGCACAGCCCGCAUUAAUCGUUUUAGUUUUGGUUUUAUGAUUGUGAUAAUUCUAGAGCUUAAGGAUUUUUCGAUCGUGUAUUUUUGAUAAAUUUUAAAUGUGAUAAAACGAAUAGAUUUAGAUUCUUAUACAAA